CGAUAUUUUCUACCCUUCUUAGUUUCUUUCUGUUCUGUUCUCAUUACGAAUUUGGCUUGCAACACUGGACUAGCUUAUGCUUUAGAGACUCGAAUUCUUUAUCAUAUUUUGUUUAUGGAGGUCGAAAAGUAAGGAGGGAAAGUUUGUCUUACGUGAAUCAAUAUGAAAUCGCUUGCUUCAGCCUCAUGGAAAGCCCCUCUGAAGUUCAGGAUGCCGACAUCUGAGAAUUUGAUACCCAUUAGGCUGGACAUCGAAGUCGACGGGCAGCGGUAUAAAGACGCUUUCACCUGGAACCCUUAUGAUCCUGAUUCAGAGGUGGUGAUGUUUGCAAAAAGGACUGUAAAAGACUUGAAGCUUUCCCCUGGUUUCCUUCCGCAAAUCGUUCAGUCCAUUCAGUCACAGCUUGCUACCUUUCGAUCAUAUGAAGGCCAGGACAUGAAUGUUGGUGACAAGAUUGUUCCAAUUAAGGUUUCUUUCAUAAAUAAACUACCAACAAGAUUUAUAUAAAUAUUACCUUUUUCCUUUAAUGACUUUCUAACACCUACUUAUCCAUCACUUGAACUUCAUCAGCUUCAUCUUCGAGUCAAUUAUACCGUU